AGUCAAACUCUACCCGAAGAAGAAGAAAGUUGCAGGUGCCCGAGGUGCCUGCUUCAUACAUCUGUUGCUACUGUCUUUUCGGGCCAAAUUACAGGAUGGCACAGUGGGGUGCCAUAAUCUCAAUAAUUGCUGCUCUCGGAGGAGCCGCUCUCUUAGCGUCUGUGCACAAGAUCGAUGAGGGACACACUGGUGUUUACUACAGGGGAGGGGCUCUCCUGACCACCACCAGCAGUCCUGGUUUCCAUCUUAUGCUUCCAUUCAUCACCACCUACAAGCCUGUUCAGACGACGUUGCAGACGGAUGAGGUGAAGAAUGUACCAUGUGGCACAGGUGGAGGAGUGAUGAUUUACUUUGACCGCAUAGAAGUGGUGAACUACCUCGUCCCAUCAGCAGUGUACGACAUAGUGAGGAACUUCACGGCAGACUACGACAAAGCUUUGAUAUUUAACAAAGUUCACCAUGAGCUCAACCAGUUCUGCAGUGUUCACUCUCUGCAGGAGGUCUACAUCGGCUUGUUUGACCAAAUCGAUGAAAACCUGAAGUUGACGCUACAAGAGGACCUAACAUCCAUGGCACCGGGACUCAUCAUACAGGCAGUCCGUGUCACAAAACCCAAUAUCCCUGAGAGCAUUCGCAGGAACUACGAGCUCAUGGAGAGCGAGAAGACAAAACUGCUGAUCUCCCAACAGACACAGAAGGUUGUGGAGAAGGAGGCAGAAACAGAAAGGAUCAAAGCUGUGAUAGAGGCUGAGAAAGUGGCACAGGUGUCAGAGAUCAAGUUUGGACAGAAAGUCAUGGAGAAGGAAACAGAAAAAAGGAUCUCUGAAAUCGAAGACAGCGGUUUCCUGGCUCGACAGAAAGCCCAGGCAGAUGCAGAGUUUUAUACAUCACAGAGAACUGCCGAGGCCAAUAAGCUGAAGUUAACACCAGAGUACCUGCAGCUAAUGAAGUACAAGGCCAUCGCAGCCAACAGCAAGAUCUACUUUGGGAAUGAGAUACCCCAGAUGUUUAUUGACUCUGGCUCUUCGAUCAAGGCCUCUGCGGCCAUGGACAUCGUUGCUGAGCAGGUCCUGGACCUGGAUUAGUAAGGGACCACCCAGACUGAAUGGAAGGACUGCCUGCUGGAGGACAGGCCCCCGGCCCACAGGCUGGCUGGCAACUUCUCCCUCUGACUCGGAGAAGCUCCGCUGAGGGGUCUGUAUUUCUCAAGCACCUCAGAAUAACUGGUAGAAAUUCCACUGUAAGUAUGACUAGGAUGUAUUAUUUUCCAACCUCAGACCAGACGACUCGAGUUAGUUAAUUUCAGAGGCUCCCUAUGCGUCUACUCUGUUCUGAUAUAGAGUUAGUCUGUCUAGACAGACAACUAGACAACACAGAACACUAAAUACAAUAGCAUUACCCGUGGGUGUAUAAUUAUAUAUAAUUCUUUAAAACUGUCAUUUAGCCUGAUCAUCUCCGUGUUUCAAGUGUGCCCAGUCCAUUUGGCCACAACAUCAAGUAUCACAAAUCUAUUACUACUUAUGUGUGAAUACUAUGUAAGCCUGUGUUCUCAUUGAGCAUUUGAAGCAGUGAUAUUUGUCAUAAUUAAGCUUUUAGGUGCAAUGAAGUUAUUGUUACAUUAAUUGUUAAAUCGGCCGUUUGCUAACCCCAGUCCGCUAGUAAUUGUUGCUUUUUUAAACAAUGAUAACAAUGGCAUAAUGAAAAUCAAUACUUUCUGAAUGAUGGGAAGUCCAUCUUACUUUUAAAUGUUUCCAGCUUACUCAUGUUAAAACAAGAAUAUUGUAGGAGGGGUCUUAAAUAUUCACUUAAUGGCUAAAUAUCGUGCUAAAAGUCUGAGGCUAAUCCCCCUUAUCAGUUUAUGAUUCAUUUAGAAGACAUAAAGUUUGUCGGGAACAGGCUUCUUUUUUUUCCUGUAACCUCACAAAGUAAUGUAGUUGUUCUGUGCUAUGCUAAUUAUUUGCCUCGCCAGUUAUACUACUGUAGUAAACAAGUUAGCUGGAUAUGCUAACAAUUGCAGCUUAAGUUAAUACAGAUAAACACAAAGAUAAAUCCAUUUCUUGUGUUUUUGGUUUUGAAAAGGGGAUGCAAAAAUUUUAUCAACCUUUUUAAAACAAGCACAUCACUCUUUCUGCAACCCAAAGCCAUUACUAAAGGACAAUGGCUGUUUUAUGGCUGGAUUUUGCAAACGGUCAAUUGCAACAACGUUUUGUGAAUGAAGCUGUUGCAUCCCAUGUGUCUUGGGCGGGACAUUUCUGCAGCUCCGCUAAAAGAUCAAGGAGUGACUUGAAGAGAUCAAGAAAGGUAUUUAAAUACUGCUGAAAAAUAAGGACCAAAUAUGUGUCGCUCUGAGGACGUUAGACUGUGAUUUCUUAUUCUGAGUGCUUGAAAAAUACCGGCCCCGACUGUAGACAAAACACAGGGAUGAUGAAUGUACUGUGUGGUAACUGCUGCCUGUCGGAUUUAAUAAAUUUGUUUGUUUUAUGUUUCUGUAAAAAAAAAUCAAAAAAAAAUCUUAUGAGCACAGGAGACCUGUUGAAUGGUAAUUGAAUUUUCUGCAGCUGUUGUUGAAGUUGUACCACAUGUGCUGUACAUGUAUGUUGCAUUUAUUUUUUUCACUGUACAUUCAGUUGAGAGGCUAUAUUUGUGCAACUGUUCAUUUGACUCUUAAUGUCUUUAGUGCAGUAGGAGUGUUAUUCCAAACAGGGCCCACUUUGAAAGGUUUAUGUUGGGUUAUGACACCAAAAACUUUUUUAAUACAGUAUACAGCAAUUUUCAGCUAUUUUUGAUGAUUUAAUAUAACCACUUCAUGGAUGGUAACAGAAUAUGUACAGUAGUGAAUUUAAUUUGAGCCUUUGACAGCAUGACCCAUUGCCCUGAAUGAGUAAGUAAGAUAAGAGAUGAGAUAAUCCUUUAUUAGUCCCGCAGUGGGGAAAUUUAAGUAGUCAUAAGAACUGAAAUAUGCAGAUUGACACUGAGAGACUCGCUAUAGAAAUACUACCAACCUUAUGUCACCUUUGUCAAAGCAUUUUUUAUCCUGACUUAAACAGGACCACAAACCAAACUUGACGUAACGUUUGAUCUCCUGUGUUCUCUGUCUGAGACGACUAAAGAAAUUCUUUGUCUAAAUGCUAACGUUGUUUCCCAUGCAUUUUUUGUGGGAUUGUUUCAACAGAGAGAUGAGUAUGAGUUAAAUGAUGUGUUUUCCACCAAAAUUGACUCAUUUCAUUAUGUGGCUGUGGGGUAAGGGGACUGUUGAGGUGUGCAGACUUGGAACUUGGCAUGUUUUUCUUUCUUAUUUGACGAGCAGGUGCUGAUGCAGUGAGAAAAUAUUUCUGAAGAUAAAUGACUUGUCCUGAACUCACUGUUACCCAAUACAACUUUUCAUUCAUCCUUUCUUGUGCAAACAGUGACUAUAUGAUGCGUUAUUGUUGUUUAAAGUUGGUCCAGUUUGUCCUAAAAAUGACUUCCAGUUGUCAUUUUAUUACAACUUUCUCUGAUUGAUCGAGACUUACACUGACUUGAAAGGCAAAUGUUUUUGCACUGACUUCAAUAUGAAUAUGCAAUGAAGAUUUUGUCAUUUGACAAUAAAGUACUGUGGGUUGUUAUUUGAGUAAUCAAUCGCAUUAAUACGUUUUUAUUUACAUUGCAUAGUCCAAUGUGAUGUAUAGAGGAUGUCUAUAGUUAAUA